AUGGCCGACGGUCAAACGGGUCAGGAUGAUGUCGGUAACCACGAGGGUUGGUCAUCUAGCCGUUUAAGAAGCGGAUCGCAGGCUACAGUGCAGCCACCAGUACAGUCUACGGAGCAGCUAAAUACGCAGCCAACAACAAGCAUGUUACCACAAAGUUCUAACCAACCGUCCGGGAGUGUAACCACCGCCAGUGAUAGUGGAAUGCAAAAUGCAUUGUCAGCGCUGAUAGAGCAGAACCGAUUGUUGUUAUCGCGGAUAUUGCGUAAUGAAGACAAUAACAACAUAAACAACGAUAACAUACAAGCGCGGUCAACCUCCAACAACGGCUAUUACGUCAUGCCAGAUUUUAAUAAUUCGAUUAAUAUUUUUUCUGGUCGUGAAUCCAAUACAGAUGCGAGAGCAUGGUUGAAAUCAGUCGAAGGUGUAGCAAAAUUGCAUAAUUGGCCAGACAGUUUUAAAUUAGAAAUAGUACGUACAAAAUUGGAUGGUCCGUCCCAAAAUUGGUACAUUGGUCGUACAUUUUCAAGUUGGGGAAGUUUUGUCGACCAGUUUAAUAAUACAUUUGUGGGAAACGAGUCGUGCACAGUUGAUCGUAUAAGAAUUAUGUCAAACCGCGUUCAAGCCAAGGGCGAGUGCGUCAUAGAAUAUUUUCACCACAAAGCGCGCCUCUGCCGUGAAAUUUCGUUACCAUUUAACGAGACUAAACAACAGAUAGUUGAAGGUGUUUAUUCUCACGAUUUAUGUAACUAUUUGAUAGCGCGCACACAUUUAAGUGAAGACGAAUUAUUGGCUGAUAUAAAUUCUUACAAUAAUCUGAGAAAUGCCAGGACCAGUCGAAUUCGAUCGACCGAGCCUGUGAAGACAACUCAAAGUCAUACCGGCAAUCGAAAAGCCAGUUCUGACAAUCGCGAUAAAGAUCGAAAUACGGUACAACGUUCCACUAUUGAUUCAAGAAGUAAGCCAACAAGGGAUAUGUCGAAUGUCACGUGUUAUAGCUGUGGAAAAAUCGGACAUCUGGCGUCUUCGUGUCCAACAAGAACCUGUCAUAGCUGUAAAUCAACGGGUCAUUCAGCGCGGUACUGUCCAAGUCGCCAAGGUGAGCGUCAAGACAACAACGGUGGUGAGCAUGUUUCUGUUUUAGAACGGUCCCCCACACCUAUUGUACCCCCAUAUAUGUUAGAUGUUAGCAUUAAGUUCCCCAAUGGUGAGUCUAUCGAUGCACAAGCUUUAGUAGAUACGGGUAGCCCGGUUAGUCUCAUUAAAUCGACAGUUGUCCCAUUCGUGUCUGGGUUCAUGCCUCCAAAAUCGGAUUUAGUAGGUAUUAAUGGUUCUAAAUUAAACAUUGUAGAUCAAUUUGAUGCGGAUAUUUUCCAUGCCGACCUUGAUGCCCCGAUUAAUAUAUGUUUUCACGUGGUGCCUAGCAAUGCCAUGAGGAAUGAUUGCCUAUUGGGUCGUAAUUUUUUAUCUCACCCUAGAGUAAAUUUGAAUGUGUCGGAUGGUCGUUUUGAAGUAAGCUUUAAAAAAAUUGAUAAUAUACCAUUUGCUGAAAUUUUAUCUGUUAAUUACACUGAUCAUAAUAGCGAUGAUGCUGACAUUAGUUUGAAUAUUGAGGAUACUCUGUCGGAUGAUAUUAAAACAAAAAUUAAAAAAAUAUAUGACGAGUCCUAUGUUAAUCACGAAAGUGUCAUUAGUACGACUGACAAUUAUCGUCCAGAAAUACGCAUUAUACUAAAAAAUGACAAACAGUUUUAUUUUCGCCCCCGGCGCUUGUCUUUUUUUGAAAAAGACUGUCUACAAAAAAUGUUAGAUAAUAUGUUGAAUAAAGGUAUUAUUCGGCGAAGUAGUUCCGAAUACAGUAGCCCCAUAGUCCUGGUAAAGAAAAAAAACGGAGAGUUAAGAAUGUGUGUUGAUUACCGCGAACUAAAUAAAUACGUAAUAAAAGACCGAUAUCCACUGCCGUUAAUAGACGACAAUUUAGAUUUAUUGCGCGGAAAAAAAUAUUUUACAUGCUUAGAUCUGAAGGAUGGGUUCCACCAUGUAUAUGUCGCUAAUGACUCUAUUAAAUUUACAUCUUUUACGACACCGUUAGGACAGUUCGAAUUUUUAAAAAUGCCUUUUGGGUUAGCCAAUGGACCAGCAUGUUUUAGUCGUUUUAUACAAAAUGUUUUUGACGAAUUUAUUCGCAAAAAUGAAGUUGUAGUAUACUUCGACGACAUUAUGUUAGCCACGGAAACCGUUGAAGAGCAUCUAGAGCUCCUAUCGAGAGUGUUAAAGGUAAUGAAAAAUAGACAGUUAGAGAUCCGCCCCGACAAGAGUAAAUUUUUGAAACGUGAGGUACUCUACCUAGGGUACUGUGUAAACCAAUACGGUAUUAAGCCAAAUCCAAAAAACGUUUCGAUUAUUGAAAACUAUCCUGUACCACAAAAUAAUAAAGAACUACAGAGUUUCAUUGGUUUAUCAUCAUAUUUUCGACGUUUCAUCCCGAACUUUGCAAUUAUUGCCAAACCACUUUAUAAUUUACUAAAAAAAAAUAUUUCAUACGAGUUCGGAGAGGAACAAAUGAGGUCGUUCGAUUCCAUUAAAUUGAAACUCGGGGAACAACCAUUGUUAGCUAUAUAUAAUCCCAAUGCAAUAACAGAGCUCCACUGUGAUGCUAGUAGCCACGGAUAUGGCUCCAUUUUAUUACAAAAGCAACCCGAUAAUCAAUUCCACCCGAUUUUUUAUUAUAGUCAUAGGACUACUGAGUCCGAAUCGCGAUACCAUAGUUAUGAACUAGAAAUGUUAGCCAUUAUAAAUUCUAUUAAACGGUUCCGCGUAUAUUUACAAGGUAUACAAUUUAAAAUAAUAACAGAUUGUAAUAGCGUUGCACUGACACUACAAAAAAAAGACAUAAACCCUCGAAUCGCUAGGUGGGCCAUGUUUUUACAAAAUUUUUUAUACGAGAUAGAGCAUAGAUCCGGGUCGCAGAUGCAGCACGUUGACGCGUUAAGUCGCUGUAACCAUAUUUUAGUAAUAGAAGGUUGUACGUUUAAUCAAUCCCUGGCUAUUAAACAACAAACCGACCCCGAAAUUAGAUCUAUUUCCGGAGAUCUGGAACAAUCAGAACACCCGCUGUUUGAGUUACGUAAUGGGUUGGUAUAUCGAAAAAAUAACGAUAGGUUACUAUUUUACGUACCGUCUAGCAUGCGUGACCAAGUAAUACGUUCGUGUCAUGACGACAUGUGCCAUGUAGGAACAUCUAAAACACUUGAGUUAAUCAAACAAAUUUACUGGUUUCCGAAAAUGAGUGAUCACGUUAAGACAUACAUAAGCAAUUGUCUCAAGUGUAUUAUAUUUUCGCCUAAAAACGGUAAAGACGAAGGGUUAUUAAAUUUAAUUGACAAGGGAGACAAACCAUUUCAGACAAUUCAUGUUGACCAUUAUGGUCCGUUAAAUCAAACUUUUGGGCGUUUCAGACACAUUUUGGUUGUGGUUGACGCGUUUAGUAAAUUUUUGAAUUUGUAUCCAGUCCGCACAGUUGCCGCUAAAGAAUCAUGUUUACGAUUAACACAAUACUUUUUACACUAUAGUAAACCUAUAAAAAUAAUAUCGGACCGUGGAUCAUGCUUUCGUUCGGAUGUGUUUAAAGAGUUUUGCGAACGUUAUGAAAUUAAACAUAUUAAAACAGCAGUAGGUACGCCGUCGGCAAACGGACAGGUGGAAAGAUACAACAGGGGUUUAACGGUGAUGUUAUCGAAACUUAUGCACGAGCAUAGUCAAAAUUGGAAUGAGUAUUUGUAUCAAAUACAGUUCGCUGUAAAUAAUACGUUUAACAGAUCGAUACAGAAUACACCUAGUAAAUUGUUAUUUGGUAUUGAUCAAAUAGGAGAGCCAACAGAUUAUGUUAGAUUAUACUUACAAGCGCUUAAUGAAUCUGAAAAUGAUCAACGUAAUUUUGAUAAAAUUAGGCAGAAUGCUCAGGAAAACAUACGUGUAGGACAACUAAAUAAUAAAGCUUACUAUGAUUCGACUAAACGACCGGCCACGCAGUAUUCUGUUGGCGAAUAUAUCAUGAUUAAAAAUGUUGAUACUACACCGAAUGUUUGCAAAAAAUUAUUGCCUAAAUUCAAAGGUCCAUAUAAAAUAGAUAAAGUCCUCCCUCAUGACCGAUAUAUUGUUUCUGAUAUUGAAGGGCACCAGGUAACCCAAAUACCUCUGAAUACAGUUGUCGCUGCGAGAGACAUUAAACAUUGGGUUAAACAGUAUUAA